AUGGGUAAAGAAGGAGAGAACAAGAGUAUAGCAACCGGAGACAAGAAUGGAAUACUACGACCAGAGUUUUCAUCCAAAUUAUCUUCACUCUUCUCUCAGGAACUUGAAGAAUUAAGAAAACAAGAUAAACAAAGAAUCAUAGAUCUUGAAAAUGAGAUUAUUCAAUUAAAGAAAACAAUUCAAUCUAAAGAUGAAGAAAUACAGAGAAUGAAAAAGAGACAAAGUAGUAGGGAAGAUAUCUUAUUAUCUUCUUCACCAAUUAAGAAACCAAGAUUAAUACCUUCUUCUUCUAAUUUAACUAGAUCAGUAUAUGAUAUUAAUUCAAAUAAGAUCAAUAUCCAAACCAAUGCAAGGAAAAGUAAAUCAAUGUAUGAAGAUCGACAUAUUAUGCCUACUCAGUAUUCAGAUGAUGAUGAUGAAGAAGAAUCUAUAAUAGAGAAUUCACAAGACAAUAAACAAGAUGUGAAUAGGAACGUUCUUAUGAAAUCUUCACCGACGCGUGGAAUAUCAUUGUCGCGUAAACCCUCGGUUGUUUCUUCUUCUCAGGUGUCAGUUAUAUUCAGUCCAAAACGAAAGUUGAUUGGUGUUGAUAAGUUAAGUCCUAUCAAAGCAGGAAUUAAAUUGGGUAGUAUAAGACUAUCUCCGAAGCUUAGUCCGGUUAAAUCAACUCAAUAUUCUUCUAGUUCUCCCGUUGCUUCUCAACAGAAGCAACAGCGACAACAACUGCAGCUACAACCAGGUGUUGUAGUUGAUGAUGAGAUUGAAGAUUCAGAAGAAGAAGUAUCUAUUAUUGAUAGCAGUGGUAAGAGUGAAGAUUAUUUCCCUGAUUCUCCAAUAAUUGGAAUACCAAAGAAUAUUACAACAAUUUUACAAAAACGACAAUUCUUAUUAAAAUAUUAUACUGAUAAAUUCCACAAUUCAAUUGAUUUUAAAAUCAAUUUAAUUAAGAAUCCCAUAAAUGAAAUUUCAUGGGAUUUUGGUGAUUUUAAACAAAAUCCAAAUUAUAAACCAGAUAAUAAACAUAAGUCAUUUAUACGUAAUCAUAAGAUUAUAAAUCAACAACAAUAUGAUAAAUAUAAACAAUUUUAUCAAGCAGUUAAUAAUGGUGAUGUUAAACUUGAAGAAGAAGAAGAUGAUGAUUUUGAAGAUAAAUUAAGUCAGAUAUUUGAUAAAUUUGCGUCACCACCAGGGUUUAUGCAAAGUGAUUUCCCUAAUACUCAAGAGCAAGAGAAACGUAAACAAAUUAUUAAACAAAGACAAUUAAGAAGACUUGCUAGAAGAAUUAAAUCUUGUGUUACAUUACAAAAUGGAAUACAAAUUGGUGAAUUCAUAUUUACUUGUGAUAUUCUUAAUCAAUAUGUCAUUAAAGGUAGAUGGUAUAUAAGAUGA